AUGGUCGACCCUGUUGAUCUCCAGUUUGCUGGACCGACACCAGAGAAACUGGGAGACCAUGUGUUCCUAAAGUUUAGGCCAAAGAAAGGAGUUAUCAGAUGUGGGAAGAGAGGAAAACUGUCCCCACGCUACAUCGGACCUUUCGACAUCGUCGAAAGAAUCGGGGAAGUUGCGUAUCGUUUAGUGCUGCCACCGCAACUAGAUAAAGUACAUGACGUGUUCCAUGUUUCGAUGCUCCACAAGUAUCUCGCGUUGCCCACGCAUGUCCUCAACUGGGAAGAUGUCACCAUCGAUGAAGACGCGACGUACGAAGAAGAACCGAUGGAGAUCCAAGACCAAAGUGAGACGAUAAUCCGAAAUAAGACGAUCAAACUAGUACGAGUUCUGUGGAAGCACUGUGGAUCUGAAGAGACUACAUGGGAAAGAGAGGAAACCAUGAGAGCGAAUUACCCUCACCAAUUCGAAUCCGAGCGUGAACCUAAUUUCGAGGACGAAAUUGUUUAA